AUGCAUGUGCUUGCACUUUUCGCGGGUCUCGCUGGCGUGGCCAGCGCGGCCUGUCCGUAUAUGACGGGUGAUGCGUCUGCUCUGGAACGUCGUGACAGUGGCAAUGCUGCUUCAGAUACCGAGGAGUUCUUGUCCCAGUUUUAUCUUAAUGAUAAAGAUGCUUUCAUGACCUCGGACGUCGGUGGUCCGAUUGAAGAUCAGAAUAGUUUAAGUGCUGGUGAGCGUGGCCCGACACUGCUCGAGGAUUUCAUCUUCCGUCAGAAGAUUCAGCGCUUCGAUCAUGAGCGGGUCCCCGAACGCGCCGUCCACGCUCGCGGCGCCGGUGCUCACGGAGUCUUCACAUCCUACGGAGACUGGUCAAACAUCACCGCAGCUUCCUUCCUCUCCGCCGAAAAUAAAGAAACUCCCAUGUUUGUCCGAAUCUCUACUGUCGCCGGCAGCCGCGGUAGUGCAGACACCGCCCGUGAUGUACACGGGUUCGCGACUCGAUUCUAUACCGAUGAAGGAAACUUUGAUAUUGUCGGCAACAAUAUCCCCGUCUUCUUCAUCCAAGACGCAAUUCUCUUUCCGGACCUGAUCCACGCCGUGAAGCCCCGUGGUGAUAAUGAAAUUCCCCAAGCUGCCACUGCACAUGACUCGGCCUGGGACUUUUUCAGUCAACAGCCCAGUUCCUUGCAUACUCUUAUGUGGGCGAUGGCCGGACAUGGUAUUCCGAGAUCAGUCCGUCAUGUUGAUGGCUUCGGGGUGCACACCUAUCGCUUCGUCACUGAUAAUGGAACUUCAAAGCUUGUCAAGUUCCACUGGAAGACCUUGCAAGGUAAGGCUAGUCUUGUGUGGGAAGAGGCUCAGCAGACUGCUGGCAAGAAUGCGGAUUUCCUUCGUCAGGAUCUGUUUGAUUCUAUUGAAGCUGGACGGUAUCCCGAGUGGGAGCUCGGCGUCCAAAUCAUGGACGAAAAUGACCAACUCCGCUUCGGCUUCGAUCUCCUCGACCCAACCAAGAUCGUCCCCGAAGAAUUGGUUCCCAUCACCCCCAUCGGCAAAAUGCAACUCAACCGCAACCCUCUUAACUACUUCGCCGAAACCGAACAAAUCAUGUUCCAACCAGGCCACAUCGUCCGCGGUAUCGAUUUCACAGAAGAUCCCCUCCUCCAAGGCCGCCUCUUCUCCUACCUAGACACACAACUAAACCGCCACUCCGGCCCAAACUUCGAACAACUCCCCAUCAACCGUCCCCGCGUCCCAAUCCACAACAACAACCGUGACGGCGCAGGACAAAUGUUCAUCCCAUUGAACAAAGACGCCUAUACACCCAACACAGAGAAUGCCGGCUCCCCCAAGCAAGCAAACCAAACGGUCGGAAACGGAUUCUUCACAGCUCCCAGCCGAAGCACAAGUGGAAAGCUAGUCCGGGGUGUCAGUCCCACAUUCGCAGACGCCUGGUCUCAGCCGCGGUUAUUCUGGAACUCGCUCGUUCCCGCAGAAAAGCAAUUCGUCGUCGACGCGAUGAGGUUUGAGAAUUCGAACGUCGUUUCUCAAGUUGUUAGGGAGAAUGUGAUCAUCCAGCUGAAUCGGAUCAGUAAUGAUCUUGCGAAACGCGUCGCAGAGGCUAUUGGUGUUGAUGCGCCGGCUCCGGAUCCGACUUUCUAUCAUGAUAACACGACUGCACAUAUCGGGGCCUUUGGACAGAAGUUGUUGAAGCUUGAAGGCUUGAAGGUUGGUGUUCUUGCUUCUGUUUCGAAUGGUAGUUCUAUCGAGCAGGGAGCGACACUUCAGGGUUUGCUUUCCUCGGUGGGGAUUGAUGUUGUUGUUGUUGGUGAGCGAAUGGCAAAUGGUGUGAACCAGACGUAUUCGGCGUCGGAUGCAACUAAUUUUGAUGCGGUGGUCAUUGCCGAUGGAGCGCAAGGGCUGUUUGGGUUGAGCUCUGAGGGUGCGAAGGGAGCUUCUUCUUUGUAUCCUGCUGGGCGGCCUUUGGAGAUUGUGACUGAUGCGUUUAGGUUUGGGAAGGCUAUUGGGGCAAUUGGAAAUGGGGAGAGUGUGUUGAGUGCGGCCAAGAUUUCUUCUGAGAGGGAGGGUGUCUUUGUUGCGAAAUCUGCUGGUGAUGGAUUUGGUGAUGACUUGAAGGAAGGAUUGCGGACCUUCAAGUUCUUGGAUCGCUUUGCGCUGGAUGCGUAA